CCAAUCCCAAGUUGAGGAAAAGAGGGUCCCACAAACCCACUCGAUCGGACUGUCGUGUCCUCUUCCUUUCGUCCUUUGCCUCGCCUUCCGCUCCUAAAUUUUGCUCUCUGCAUUUUUUCAUAACAUUGUCCCAAACCCCUUCUUCCUUUCUCUCUCUCUUCACCGACGGUGUGACGGUGGUGGUGGAGGAGGAAUUAUCUCAUUGGUAGCUUUCCCAGACGCGUAUUUCAGAAGAGAGAAAAAGUGGUUAGGAUGUCAGGAUAGGUUUUACUUUUGAUGGCGUGUGAAAUGGGUAUUAUCUAUGGAUGUAAUAGCAAAACCCUAUUUCUCUUUCUAAUUCCCAGUUUCUGUUGCCGUCUAUGAUGGAAAGAAUUUGUUUUUUUUUUACAUAUGCACAGAAGGUGUUUGAUGAAAUGUCUGACAAAAGAAAAAAAAGGAAAAAAAUUCAUGGGGAGGGUUAAAAUGGUUGUUAUUUUGUGGGUUUUAUGGAAUCCAUGAAUGGGUGGGUUUUAAGGUGAUAGAUCUGACGAAUUAAAGGGAAAUUGUUGAUGGGUUUUGUUGCGUUUGAAUGAAUGAAUGAUGAAAGUGGAAGGAGAUGGAGGGGGAGAGAGAGCAAAAGGGCAGGAGAGUGACAGAAGAGAGUGAGCACACGCUGCAGCCAAAUGUAUGAAAGGCAUACCUUUGCGGGUGCGUGCUCACUUCUCUUUCUGUCAGCUUCCCCAUAAUUUUCCCUUUUGCUCUCUUCUCUCUCUCUUUCUUUCUACGUUUCUUUCUUUCCUUCGUUCUAUCUUUCCCUCUGGUUUAUACUGUCAGAAGGGCAGAUGUCUAUCGGCUAUCGCUCCGUUCCUCUCUUUAUUGGGUACCCUUUUCUUUUUAACUCCUCUGAUGGACAAAUGGAACAAUAACACUGGUGAAGUUGAAGCGGCCUCUUCGAAGUUUCAAACGGUGCGCCACUGUAGUGUACAAUUUCGCCUUUCACACUCUUAAUUUGUCAGUUUGUUCUCAUCCAUAUCAAUAUUUAUUAUAUAUUAUAUUCUUUGGCUAUUGCAAUUUUCCAUGGAAGCCCUUUUCUUUUCUUUUUCUUGACAUUGAUUUCCAUGGAAACUUGGUAGCGCGACUUUUGAUGGUCCUCUCCUGCUUAUAUAUGGAAUUUUUGAAGGUACAAAACCAAUUACUAUUCAUAUUUAACGGAAAAUCCUUCAAAUGUCGUCGUUGUUUAAUGUAUAACCCUGAUUACUGUUCCCAUCUAAACCAUAAACUCUCGGCUAUGUUUUGGGGUUUCCUUUGGUAUAGGCGUAUAGCGCACACACUGUGUUUUUAUUAUUUUCAUUUUUAUUUUAUUUUGGUUUCCUGAGAUUUGGGUUAUUCCAUAUCUGACCAAAUAUUUCUUUUGCUCUUGAGAAUAUUGGAAUCUGCGGAUAUAUGUAUGCAGGUAUUAUUUUUCGUUGCUGAAGAGUUUUGCAGAUUUUGUUUUGUUAUUUACUUUCCUAAAACGAAAAAUUUCUUGCCGUCGUGGGCUACUACUUGGAGAAGGGUGUGAAACUGAACCGCCUCGAGUGCUGAAUAUGGCAACAAUCUCUCGUUAUGGAUGCCUGAAGGGUCUGCUAUUUUCGAGUCCCAGAUAUGGAGUUUCCAAACCGGAAAAUUUCCUCAUUCAGCACUUGUUUGACGUUGGGAGGCAACAACGUGCUUAUUUUUCUCUUCACUUCAGAUUAACUAUCACCACCACCACCCCCAUUGUCCGGUUAAGAGUGCAAGUUAGAAUCUCCUAGGGAGCAGCAGGGAAGAUGACUGAUUCUGAUACUGUGGGAUAGGGUCGAGUAAGUUGGAAGAUAUUAAGCUUAUUUAUGGUGUUUAUGGGAAUGUCCAUAUGGCCUGCGUAGUGUUCUUCUGACUACUACAACUACCGGACCGCAGCAUUUUAUAUUGGAUACUGAUACUGUUUCAGAUUUUUGUGCGUGGGCACUCCUAUAGGGUUUGUGCGUCGGCAUUCCUGUAUGGGGUUUGAGUUUCAGUCUCAGUCUCAGACAAGAGGGAGACAAUUGAACCUCAAAACUGCGUAUUAUAUGCUGCCAUCGCUUUACAUGCUUUACAUGUGUGUGCACAUAGUGAGCUUACAACAAACCGUCUCCAUGAUCUUUUUGAGUCUGAUGAAAAUUGGGUUGGAGAAAUUUGGUGAAAACACUGUUAUGGAUGUUGGUUCUUAUUUUAUACUCCUUGCUUCAUGAGCAAAGGAACAAGAAAUACUCGUCUGCUCAUCUCUUGUUAGGAACUUAACAUAGAGUCCCGAGGGAAAUUGUUAUCAGCCAAAAGAACUCUUAGAACCACCAUGAAACAGGAGUUGUCAAGUACGAUUUCGAAAAGCAGGGAGAAUGCAAUUGGAGAAGCUUUGGAUUCAAGCUGCGUCACUCAUCCUUUUCCUGCUAAUGGAAAUAGUAGACAAGGAAGGAGUUUAACCUCAAAAUUCAAAGGCAUUGUGCCUCAGCAGAAUGGCCACUGGGGUGCUCAAAUUUACGCUAAUCACCAGCGUAUUUGGCUUGGGACAUUCAAGUCAGAAAAUGAGGCAGCCAUGGCUUAUGAUAGUGCAGCUAUCAGAAUCAGGAGGGGAGAUUGUCAUAGAAACUUUCCUUGGACCAAAUUCACUAUUGAAGAGCCAAACUUUCAGAAACUUUACACUACAGAAGCUUUGCUUAAUAUGUUAAAGGACGGUUCUUACAGAACCAAAUUUGCGGAGUAUUUGAGGGAAUGUUCCGAAAGCGCGCAAAUGUCAGCCAGUCCCUCUGCAGAAAAGGCGCAUAAGAAUGGAGGGACAUCUAUUAAACAACUUUUUCAAAAGGAGCUAACACCUAGCGAUGUUGGUAAGUUGAACAGAUUGGUCAUCCCAAAGAAGUACGCUGUUAAAUACUUCCCUCACAUAUCAGCUAGUGCAAUAGAAAAUGAGGAAGGUGGCAAUGAUGAUUGUGGCGUGCAGCUUGUAUUUUUUGACAAAAUGAUGAGACUCUGGAAAUUUCGAUACUGUUAUUGGAAAAGCAGCCAGAGCUAUGUUUUUACGCGUGGUUGGAAUCGAUUUGUGAAGGAAAAAGAACUGAAGCCUAAUGACACAAUAGCUUUCUACUUGUGUGAAGCAGUUAAGGCAAGCGAUUCUAAAACUACAUUCUGUGUGGUGGAUGUUAAAAACCGUGACGACAACGGUGAUAUCUUGGUUGAGAAUGAAACCACAUGCAGCACAUUGCAGCUCGAUUUGAGGCAUGAAGAAGUUGAGGAAUUGGUGUCGCCUAAGCACGUAGACGAUGAAGUCGAAGAUGAUUCUGAAGUUAAGGGCUUCAAACUGUUUGGAGUGCACAUCAAGUGAAAGUAAGUUCUUUUCCUUUCUCCAUCCAUCGUUCCUUUCCCAUUUUUAGUAGUUUGGUAGUGAUUAAACCAAAUACCUUAAAUAAAUUUUAUUUAAGGUAUGCUUGGGAGAUUCUUUUUGGAACAAUGCUAAGAUUACUUACACUCUAGUGUGGUAAUUGUGUACCCACUAUUAGGAGCAAUUCUACAGUAGUUUUCACCCUCGUGAAUUUUUUAUGUAAUAACCAAUGUAGUGGUAGAGAUUUAACCUCAAACUUCAGGUGAGUGAAUAGAUAUAGAUAUAAGUUAAAAAGGAGAGGCAAAAUAUUUAAUUUAUUUCCAUUGGGUUGUCUCUGUCUUGUUACUGUGUAUUCAGUUUUAAGAUUUGUAAUCAGGCUUUUAUUGGGCUGAAUUUCCUGUAUGAACGCCACCGUGAGCGAGAUUUAAAGCAAUUAGAACAAAUGUUCAACCAAUUU